CAGUCUAAAAGUCAAGCCUUUUCACUUGAUACCGUUAUUAAUUGUACAAAAUAUUUAAUCCACCAUUUUGUGACGGCGAAUAUCUUGGGAUUAUUCAUAGUGCUGUAGCACGAAUAUUUGUGACAAUCUCCUUUGAAACGUCAUCUUCAAUUAUGUUAAAAAUAAUAUGAGAUUUUCGGCGGAUUUAAAUCUUAGUCCAAUUUUUAAUACAAUACGAAGGCGGUUGUAACAUGUAUUUUUACUAGGCCCAAGCUAAUGUAUAAUUCUGAUAAACAGGAAAUAACGUGAUAAUCGGUUCAUCCGGUCAUACGCAUAUAGUGUGCGGUGAAGUAGUCGGGGAGUGAAUAAAUCCUAUAUAAGCUUGUUUUUUCAGCGCGUCGUUACAGUGGUCAUAAGCGGCCAACAAUUGCCGCUCUCAUUGUGAACGGUGGAAGUAUAUUUUUAAUUGUUUCUUUUAUUCUACGUUAUCUUAAUUCCCUAUUAGAAAUGUCUUUAAUAUCUAAACAUUGUAGAGUGUGCUUAGAAACCGGUAUUCAUUAUAAUUCUAUUUUCGAUAACAACAAGCUGUACGCCAAGAUGUUGAUGGAUUUAACCGAUAUUAAGAUUUACCCUUAUGAUGGACUACCAUACAAGAUCUGCGCAAAGUGCAUUCUGCGCCUGGAAAGCGCGUACAACUUUAAACGACAAUGCAAAAAAAUGAACGGCGUGCUGUGGAAAAAUAUGGCUGAGAAAAUAUGGAAUGCAAUUCUAAAAAGAGACUUCAACAAAAACGCAACCCCAUCUCCACCUACUACAAACCAAAUGCCACCCAAUACUUCUAUAGUUCACGAUAACCAAAUCAAAACCGAGCAAAAUCCAAGUCAAUGUAACCAUAGUCAAGGAAAUGUUAAUGAAACAAAUAAUUUUAAAUUUGGAAAUUACUCGUCAGUUUCUAAAACUAAUAAAAAUUCUGUAAACCAAUGUCUCAAACUGAAUAAUCCUAUGUUAACAACAAUAUCUAUGAUUGCAAAAAAAAUGUCACCACAUUUGAAACAUAAUUAUAUUUGUAUUGGUUGUCCAAAGCAAUUUAAAAAAAUUGGAAAUUUAAAAAGACACCUCGUUGUUGCUCAUAGUAUACAGCCAAAUCACAUUGAGUUGAAGGAUAAGGUUGUGCCGAAUUUAUAAGGGAAAAGUUCAGAUCUCUUCUAUGAUACGUAUUGUAGAAGAGAUCUGUACUUAUUAUCAUUAUAUCUUCUGAACUGAACUUAUUACCAUUAUCAAUGUAAUCGGAACGAACUAAUCAGAUACGAGUACCUGGAUGACCGGUAUUUUUUUUUUAUUGUGUUUUUUGUAAAUUA